AUGACUUCUAAUAAUGAAACCAGCAGCUACUGGGAUUAUCUUUUUACGGAACUAGCAGAUCAUAGAACCAGCAAUUGGUUUUUAUUGAAAGACCCUGUACCUGGACUCACAAUACUGGUGACUUAUUUAUUUUUCGUAUUAAAAUGGGGCCCCGCCUAUAUGAAAGACAGAAAGCCAUUCGAUUUAAGAAAAGUACUUAUUGCUUACAAUUUUGUUCAAGUUAUUUGCAGUUCCUGGCUGCUAUACGAGGCAUUAGAUGGAGCUUGGCUACAUUACAGUUGGAAAUGCCAACCUGUCGAUUUCUCGGAAACGCCUGAAGCCAUGAGGGUCGCCCGAGGUGUUUACAUCUAUUUCCUAACCAAAGUAACCGAGUUACUGGACACCAUAUUCUUCGUUCUACGCAAGAACGAAAGACAGAUCACUUUUCUCCACCUGUACCAUCAUGCUGGUAUGAUGGCUAUAUCAUGGGGUGUGGCGAAAUAUUAUCCAGGAGGACAUGGGACUUUUGUGGGAAUGAUCAACUGCUUCAUUCAAUUUUGCAUAGCAUUCAUCCACAAUGGUCAGCUCUUAUUCUACAGUUGUGGCUACCCAAGAUGGUCGGUGGUUUUCACCCUUCCCAACUCGAUAUUCUUCUACUACCUCUUUGCUGACUUUUACAAGAAGACAUACAAGGGAGAAGUUAAAGGAAGUAAUGGAAUGGAUAAAAAAGUGCAUUAA